UUUUUCAUAUAUCCACACAAAUUCUCUCGAAUAAUUUUGAAUCUCGUGGUACAUGUGAAAGCGUACGUACAACAUGCAAAAAAAAAAGAAAACAGUGCCCUAACGCCACGUCCCAGUUUACGAGAUUCCCAGCCAAUUCAUUGCACCAAAUCUUACUGUUUGUUAUCACAAGGCAAUCAUAUAAUUAUGCCUUUUUUCCACCGGCCGGCCGUACUCCUCGAGAAUCAUAUUAUCUUCUUUCCAUCCCUCCAAUCUCAACCCAAAUCAAUCCAGCUAAUUUUCUUCAACCUUUUUCUCUUCUCGCUUGUUCCACUAUAUAUACCUCCACUUCCCCUCCCCAUUUCCACACAAACCAUUCAACCUUUCCAAACCCACCAUUGCUCACACUUACUCGAAAAUUAAGCCAGAAAGAAAAUGGAUCGAGUGUUCCAACUGGCGGCGGAGAGGCCGGUGGUGGUGUUCAGCAAGAGCACUUGCUGCAUGUGCCACACCAUCAAAACCUUGUUCUUCGACUUCGGCGUCAACCCCACUGUCUACGAGCUCGACCAGAUCCCCGGUGGCCGGGAGAUCGAGCAGGCCUUGGCUCGACACGGUGUUGCCGGUGACUUUCCCGUGGUGUUCAUCGGCGGGAACCUUGUCGGCGGCGCCAAUGAGAUCAUGACCCUUCAUCUCAAUGGUUCCUUGUCUGGCAUGCUCAAACGAGCUGGUGCGCUGUGGCUCUGAUCAUAUCGAUCAUAUGAGUCAAAUUUUGGCUAACUUUACUUUACUAUAUACACAAUGGAGUAUUUUCUUCUUCUUCUUCUUGAUUAGUCAUCGUCAUAAUGACGAUGAUGAUGAUAAGACCUCUGUUUUUUGGCUUAAGUAUCAGAGGGAACUAAAAUGUAUACUUAUGUAUGUACGUAUUGAGAUUUCCCGAAUUAGGCUUUGCAGUGCUUUAUAAUGUAAUGCCUAAUGAUGAAUCUCACUACUUUUUGUAACAUCUCUAUCUACAUCUACUACUAAUAAUAUAUAAUAAAGUUUGAUGAAUGAUGAGAGCUUUUUAUAUCUUGUGGCUGUUCAUGAGUUGUUUGAUUGGUCUGCAAUGAAAUUCAACUAGUUACAACUAGCUACUUAAGCAUAAUUCAAAUUGGGUAUUAAUUAACAAAAAGUAUUAAAUUUUUUGAAGAUCUUGUUUGAUAUACCAAAUUAAUUACCUUCAUAAUUAAUAGAUAUAUACAAAAAAAAAUACAUAGACAACCCCUAAUCCAUGGCAUUUUAUAUGAUCUGUGGGUUUAGUUUCACGAUUAAAAAUCUUGAUGAUGAGAAUUUGCAAGUGCAAAAAUCCUAAUAAAAACUGACCUAAGGGUUAAGUCCCCAAUGAACAGAUUCAUCACAUGUUCCUCGUUUGGGUCUAAGAGACUUGGUAAUGGGUCUUGAAUUUUCUUAGAGUUAAGGCAGAGACAAAGAGAAGGAGGAAAUGAUUAUAUCUCAAUUUUUUGUCCUGAGUAAUCUUUGAUUCGAUAAAUUGGAAGUAAGACGACUAAUGAGAGUGUUCACUUUUUUAGUAUAUUGAAAAUUAAAUAACAAUAAGAUUGAAUGCAAAACGAGAGUGACCUAGGAAAAUUCAAAAGCCAAGCUUGAGUUGGAUGCAUGGGGCUUGUGAGUUAUCAAUGAGUGCAAACCCCAUAAUCUAAAAUACGUAAUAAUACUCCAAAACCAAUCCCAGUAAAACUAAUAACUUCAUUUUCAGUAAUAUUAAAUAGUGAUAAAUUUGAUGAAGAUAUUCGAUAUUAUCCCAAAUAUCGGUUCCAAACAUCAAGCACCAGCUCUACCAACCAAGAAUUCCAAGAAUUCUUGCUAUGUACGCUUUCCAACAUUUAACAAAUGUAUCCCCUUCAUGAAUGAUUUUUAUGUAAUCGACAAAGCAGAGAAAAAAAUGAGGGCGGACCAACUCGUCAAUCUUUCAUUUCUGUAGUAGGUGGUAUGCUCUUGGAGUAUUACUAUACUCUAGCUAAGUGAUAUUGGAUUUACUUUGGCGAAUCAGAUCGUUGAUUAUUAUGUAUGAAAUUGAGUUUUUAAGUUGGGUUUAGAGAAUCAAAACCCUAGAGUUUUAUCCAUUAAAAGUUAGAAUAUAGUAUUUUUAACUUCAAACUUGAUUUAAUUUGUCUAAAUAAAGAUAUUCCACUAGAAAUACCAUUGGUAUCUUACCUCAAACUCGAUUUAAUUUGUCAUCUCGAUGAUGGAGAUAUCACGGAUCAAUAUCAUAUACACUCACUCCGAGACUUAGAGAUAUACGGUGAUGAGAGAUGUAACAUAAGAUCAUAUAUAAUAUUAUUCAUGAAUUUGAACAUGUGAUACAUUCUAAUGACUCUAACGAAAAAAAAAAAAACCAUUCUACUGCCUAGCUAGAGUGAAAUAAUCUGGCCCUCCGGUUGGGGCUGUUUCAUAGUACGUGGCCAAAUAUCAGAGCCUGAAAGGAGCUACGGCCGAACCUUCGUGAUGGCGAACAAUGUAUGUCGACUAUUCCUCUCUACGUAUAGUGGGAGAUCAAAUUGAUACUUACCUCUCUCUCUCUCUCUCUCUCUCUCUCUCUCUCUCUCUGUGUGAAAGAGAGAAUCGAAUCGGGGAAAGAAAGAAGAGGACCAGAAAGAAAGUGGCCGUGUAUUCUUCAGACUAGCCUAAAUGCUUACACACAUGCAUAUACGUGUAUGAUAAUACUGCAUGUUGUACGUACUAAGGAAUCCCAAAGGAGAAAAAAGAAAAGCGUGCUGGAGGAAAAAUUCCGUAAACGGUCCCUAUAAGCCACGUCAGUGAGGUGGAAAAAUAUAAAAUGAAGAAGCUAGCUAGGCUUAGGCUUAGCUCACCAGGAAACAGACAAUGGACAUGGUCCAUGCAUAUUUGCAUGUCUCUCUCUGUGUUUAUUCCAUAUUCACCUCUAGCUAGCUGGUGCAUUUGGCCUACUAUUUUUUUAUUCGGGCUAGCUAGCUCGACCAGAGAGUAAUACGUACAUAUGGGUUCGACGAUUGAUAUCUGGGAAUCUUAUAUUUGCAGUGCAGGAUCGGUCCCGGUGAUUGGAUCAUAUAUAUAUAUCCCUUUCAGGAUUUAUCCAGAAGAAAUGCUCUGACAUACAAGCUUUCAGAAAAAGAAGAAAAAAAACAGAGAAGGUGGCCAUCGUGAUCAUGGGGUUUUGGAAUUUGUAUUGCAAUGGUGGGGCAAAUUGACAGAGGAACAUCAUAUAUGCAUGUAUGGAAGUGGAGAAAAGAAGCAGCGAGCGACGGUGGGAGGAGGAAUCACAUUUAUUUAACAUUUCUACAUACACACCCUAGCAUAAGACCAGUGUUGCGCACUUUAUUUCUAGCGUCUAACUUACUUAGGCGUCACUAGAAGGUGGCAAUUUCAAUCCAAUCCACCAAUCCAAUUCAUCAAUCCAUUAAAAAUAUCCACCUAAUCCAAUCCAUUUAAUCCAAAUCCAGUUGGAUUGGUGGAUUCAUGGAUUGGAUCCAUGGAUCAUUGGCAAAUUACGUUUUAGUACCUAUAAUUUUUAUUUUUUACAUUUUGGUACCUAAAAUUUAAUUUUUUUAUGAAAAAUAUCAUUGGAAAAUUACGUUUUGGUACCUAAAAAUUUUCAUUAUGACAUUUUAGUACCUAAACUUUUUACAUUUUACAUAUUGGUCCUUGGUUGAAGAUGUCAUUUGAAUUCAUGGAUAAUCCACCAAUCCACUUGAUCCAAUCCAUGAAUCCACCAAUCCAUUAGAUCCAAUCCAUUUGAUCCAUGGAUCCACCAAUCCAAUCCAUUUGCCACCUCUAGGCGUCACCUAAACAUGCUUAGCCGCUACAUGCAAAAGUAGCAGCUUGUAGUAAAUGAUUAAUGCAGUACCAAUUUACAACACUUUUUUACUACUUUAGGUCAAUUAAUUAAGAACUUAUGCAACAUGUAAUAACAAGGAAAAUAACUUACAAGUUUGUAAGAUUGUGGUUCAAUAGCUCACAUAUAUAAUUGUUGAGCUAUUGAAAAGAUUGAGGGAGUGUAAGAAAGUGGUUAAGAUUCAUACGUAGACAUCUACCGAUUAGGGCUGGAAAUCCGGUCCUAGUUUUUUCGGUCAAACCGAAAACUGGGCAGUUUAAACCGUUCCGGUUGUAACUGAAAACCGAAUUCCAAUUAACCCAAUCCAGUUUGCGGUUGUAGUAUUCAUAUAAAAAACUGGCCCGGUCCAAUCCGGUUAAAACCGGGCAAAACCGGAUGAACAAAAACCAACCAAAGCCCAUCCCCCAACCCAGCCCAAUAACCCUCGAAGGAAAAAAAAAAAAAGAAUAAAGAACAAUCAAGAACGGUGAGUUUUAGGCUCUGAUACCAUGUUUGCUUGUAAAACAGAAAACGCCACCUGACUUUUUUUUAUUUCAUCAAAUGAAAACUUAUAAUAUCC